GUCACUGUGGCACUCUGCCUAGGAUGAAGGUCAUGGGCAUCAUCUCUGAACGUGGCUUGACACCCUCCAUCCCAACUUCACCAUCUCAUGGCUCCCUGGAGCGCUACAGCACCUUCUCACCUCCUCCCCAGCAGGAUGCUCAGAACCCCAGCAUCUCACCUGUUCUCAGACGCAGCAUGACAUUGGACCGCAGGCACUGGCCACAUCUCACAAAGUGUGAUCCUCCAUCUGAGCAACGACUCACAACACACAUUCCCUCUAAGACCAUCACUCAACAGUCACUGCAAGGCAAGACGCCCGAAGAGCUGACUCUGCUGCUGAUCAAACUGCGCCGGCAGCAGGCGGAGAUCAACAGUCUGCGGGAACACACAGUAGCUCAACUAAUGGCCUUGGGUGGGGAGGGGCCUAACGCCAAGACUGAUGUUCUCUCUCAUCACCUGCAGAGAAACCUUAAUUACCUUGACAGCCAGACAAAGGGAAAUGAGCCUCUUAUCUUCAUGAUUCACACUUUGAUCGAGAACUUGGCACCAAGGCCACAACUCUACCAGCAAAUAAAUCCAGACAACUUUAAAGAUGGCCUCUUCCAACAGCACACUGCAGAGGCAGACAUUGAUGCUAAGCUGAGCAAACUGUGUGAGCAGGACAAGGCUGUGAAAACUCAGGAGGAGAAGCUGCAGCAGCUCCACAGGGAGAAGCACACUUUAGAGACGGCACUGCUAUCAGCAAGUCAGGAGCUGAGUGAACACGGUGGCUCCAGCACAGCUGCCAUACAGAGCCUGGUCCAACAGAGAGACGUCCUUCAGAGCGGCCUACUCAGCACCUGCAGAGAGCUGUCAAGAGUCAAUGCUGAACUGGAAGGUUUCUGCAGGAUGUAUGAUCAGCUAGAGGCAGAUGUCACUUCGGCCAAGACUGACUUGUUGGAGCAGCUGGAGGCCUUGGGUAGCCCACAGACUGAACCUCCAAGUCAGAGGCACAUUCGAAUCCAGAAAGAGCUGUGGAAGAUUCAAGACGUGAUGGAAGCUCUUUCUAAAAAUAAAAACAAGACCAAGCAGAGCACAGAGAGCUUUAGUUUUCCUGGCUUCAAGCCUCUCUCCAGUCUGCAGAAGAAUGAGUCACACCGCAUCUGGCCUCCUCCCAAUCACCGACCUGAAGAACGCAAGGCUAGCUCCAGAAAUGGAGAUCACACUCAAGCUCCAGACUACCGACUCUAUAAGAGUGAGCCAGAGCUUACCACUGUGAAGGAAGAAAUGGAUGAACACAAUGAGGACAAGGAAAAGGCUGGGACAACUGCGGAGAGCAAGGACACUCCAACUAUAAAAGUGUCCCCCUUCCCUGUGGGCAUUGUCACUCCCCGGACCAAAUCUUCCAUGAAUCCUCCUGAGUCUUCGACCAUCGCCUCCUACGUUACCCUGAGGAAGACAAAAAAACCUGACUCCAGAUCUGAUCGUCCCAGAAGUUCAGUGGAUCAGAUGGGAUUUGGUGAGCGAGAAGUCUUUAGAACAAGGAUGAGUGUUGAGGAGCAGCUGGAAAGGAUAAAGAGAAACCAAGAAGCCUCAUUUCUCCGUGAGAAGAAAAGAGAGAGCUCAUCUCGUUCAUCCUCCUUCAUCACGGACAACCCAUUUUCUAUUCUACAGAAAGUGGAGGAGGUAAAACAUGCCAACAGCGAAGAAGUACAACAUGAAAAGGUUGAGGACAAGCAGCAGACCAGCAGUGACUCAAGAAGUGAGGUUGUCAUUGGGGAGCUUGGUAUUGAGCCAAAGUAUGUGGAGACUGUUAACUUUCAACCCUGUGAGAAUGAGAGAAACAAACAAGAACUGACAAACUUCUCUACAAAGACUGCUACUGAAAACAGCUUUCACAUACCGAGUCCUGGACCCAAAGAUCAAGAAAUGAACCAGACCCAACAAAACUUUAGAGAGGAGAUUAACCGGGAUUCAUACAAGCAGCUGACAACAGAUGGGACAAACUACAGCAACUUGAUGGCUUCACAGUCAUUGACCUUGGUGAACAGCGACACAUGAGUGAUGCUGGCUUCUACAUUCACACCAGUGCAGCCCAAAUGUAGCCAGCUGUACAGAGCAUGCAUCAUGGCUUCCUACGUUUCCAACAGAUUCAUCCUGAUACAGCUAUUUCAUGUCCACACAGACAUUGAGAAGGAUGGCCUUUCUGAAAAAYAAGGCAACAACUAGACAGGAAGCCAGGAAGAAAAGCAAAUGUGCUUUAUAUUUAGAACUUGGUAGAUCUAUCCAAUCUAUACAGCACUGUACUGUAGAUUCCUUGGAGUCGUAUUUACYCUAAAACAUUUCUGCGUAAAAAAAAGAUCGUGAAAUUGUUACAGAUUACAUUUUGCAUUACUUGACAUUUUUACACUCAACUAGCCCAAAAAUGAGUCAUGCAUAUGAUAAAAUGACAACAACCAAUUUUUUCUGGGUUCUUACUAAAACAAUGGUAAUUCAAAGUAUUAGGAGUGGCAAUAGAGGGGAUUCGCUCAGCUGCUGGCUGAAUAUUCCUUGUUGAUAUUCUGAUGAUAUAGCUUUGUAUGGUUUGGUUUGGUUUGUUCUGAGCUAAAAAAAAUUAAUGAUCUGUUUAUCUGAACCUUUCUCAAUAAAAAUUUCAAUUUUGCCAAA